ACGUCAGUGGUACCUUCGGUUGGUGCGAGGGGCCCCGAAUGUCCGCAAGAGGUUCGCUAGCCAUCCGCAACAUCUGGCAAGCAAGAGGAGAGACAGAAUGGCGGCGGAAGGGAGCUGUCUUCGUCAUCUGUUGGAAGGGGGUCCGACUUGUCCCCAUGAUUACGACGAGUCAUGAACCCAUCCAAGAAGAGGUCGUUCAGCGGAAGAAGACACGUCGGCAGGGCCGAGUUAUGUAUGAGGAGUUUCUUGUCCAGCAGCCUACCGUCAUUGGGCACUACAAUAGGCACAUGGGAGGAGUUGAUCUCUUUGAUCAACUCAUCCAGUAUUAUCCCUUUGCCAGGAAAACCAGGAGGUGGACACAGAGGCUCCUCAAAUACAUUCUUCAGUUGGCCCUCCAAAAUGCCUACAUACUGUACUGUGGGUACUACAGUCACGGUCUCCGGAGGUUGUCCCACAAACAGUUCCUUGAGGUAGCCGGGAAUGCCCUCAUCCACUUUAAUCCCGAUGAGUGGCCUUCCAUCACUGCCCCCCUGCCCCGAGCUGCAGAUCUGCCCCUAGAGGAAAGGGCAAAUAUUAGGAGGUCCAACUUCGGUCAUUCUGCUCCUACCGCUGCUGCCGCCGCCGCCGCUGCCCCUGCUGCCGGCCCCGCCCGCAUCGCUUCUCGUCGGAUAGUGGACCCUGUGUGUCGGCUGCAGCCAGGGGAUCACACACUGGAGCGCCUACAAGGGCGCAGGCAGAAACGGUGCCGGGUGUGCCAUAUGAAUGGCAGAAGGAGAGACACCCGGUUCUUCUGUCGUACCUGCAAAAUUGCUCUUUGCAGGAUAGGGGACUGUGACCGUAAAUACCACAGUACGGUCUUGUAUUGGAGUGUGCCUCAUAAACCGACAGGGGAGGGCGCAUGGGGCCGCCGGGCCCAUCAGCAGUAAGGGCGUGCGUCUCCCUCCUCCACCUGUACCUCGUCAUGUCGAGAGGCAAAAAAUGCAAGACUCUUCAAUGGAGGAGGGAGAAAACAAGAAUAGAACGAAGAGUCAGGAUUACGAAGGUUAAGGAAGAACUUGGAAAUGGGUAUGAUGGUAUUAUGAAAAAUGAGGAAAUUGAUAUAAAGGAAGAGUUAAUGGAACCAAAGCAAGAACUAUCUGAUACAGAAGAUAGACGAGGAGAAAAGAGAAGAGCUCAUUCUCGGUCACGUUCUCCAGAAUCAAAGAAGCAGAGACCAGAAGUUGAAGUUAGAGUGGAAAAUGAACUUGAAUAUGACAGAUCAGCAUUAUUAUUAGAUCGGCGCAAUAAGAGGGAACCAGAUACUAGUCGUGAAGGUCUACUGCCAACGGCAUUUUCUGCUAAAGAAUUUGCUGAACCAGAACGAGAACCCUUUGAAAAGAGACGAGGCGAGAAGCGGCAAGCAUCCAGCCAGCAAGGACCCCCAGGUUCCAAGAGAUGUCGUCCUGAAAGUGCUGAUAAACAUACAGAUGAUGAACCGAAUUAUGAUGAAGAGGCAGUGAUUCUUGACUGGUACAACCGUGAUUUGAGUUUGAUCAUAGAUAAGGAGACCUUCUUGAGUGCAAAACCUAUGACUUCUGAAGAUUUUGCUUAUGCAUGGCAUGGAGUUCGUGCUAGCUAUGGCUUCCUGCGUGGUCGCUUAUUCUAUGAGGUUAAAGUAGAAGAUCACUUGGCAGUUCCUCACCUUGAAGGGGAAGAACAUCCUCACAUUGUACGAUGUGGGUGGUCCAUUGAUGAUGCUGGAAUGACGCUUGGAGAGGAACCCUUCAGCUAUGGUUAUGAUGGAAGAGCAAAGGCAUCCACAGAUUUGUUGAAAAGCAAAGUAAGAUUGAUCAUUGGACUUGGAAAAAUUGUUAUGGGUUUUUGCACAAGUUUACAAAACCAAGAUUUAGCAUGCCUAAGGAUAAAUUAUCAUGUUGGUAUAAUGCUUGCAAACAUAUGUGGUAAACAUUUCUACUUUUACAGGGGUUGCUAG